GGUCAUAGCCUUAGGACGGAUUUACACCUUGGUAGAAAAGCAGCCCGUAUUCUAGAUAAUUACCAAAAAGAACUUUAUUUCAAGUAAUAUUUCUCAAGUCGGAUGAAUAUUUUUCUUAUUUAUUCUUCAGCUGCAUUGUCGAGCAACAAGACGGAUACUCAUUGAUCGAUUAGCACUUAUUCCUAAUAUACCUCUAGCGGCGAUUACGUAAAGACGUAUCAUGUGGCAAGACCAGGUACUGAACAACUAUUCUCAAAAAUAUAAGGCGCCACUAUUAAAGACCCCUGUAACAGAUUGGUUUAUGCAGAUAAACAAUCUACAGUUCAGAAAGGACUGCAUGCCUUAUGAGCUGAUGUAUUCCGACUGCUUGGAAGCUUACGGCUAUCACAUAGGCAAAGAAAAGUGCAGAAUAAUAUUAAAUGACAUGCAUGAAUGUAUAUACAGAGCAAAGAGAAUAGAGCGUGUUCUUAAAAUGCAUUACGAACGACGGCGUCAAUAUAAAAGUGGUGAGAGGAAGGAAUAUUAUCCACCGUCACCACCACUUGAUUUGUUUUAAGCUGUUGUCUUUGUAGAGAUGUAUAGCUCAUGAGUAAAUGAAUAGGGAAUCUUGUAACAUUAACCACUCAAAUAGAUGAGAGUUGUAUUGUUUGUUAAAAACUUGUUACAAGUUUAACAAAUAUAUUGCCUCUUUUUCCCUAUGAA